AGUUGUUUCCACGACUUCACGUCGGUGCAACUUUUUUGUAUCCUAUACCUACGAUGUACUGAAGACUACAACGUCCUCCAAGACAAAAAUGAUGUCGGUAAUGACGCGGCUUGUUGUGGCUCCUCCUUGAUAACGGCGUCGGAUACAGAAAAUACAUUUUCCGGGUAGCUGCAUACAACUACCAUCUACUUGAAAAUCACAGCUGUUGCGUCUGCAUCUUUAUUGUGAAGCGAGCUGCUGAAAGGAGUUCCUUUCGUGUGCAGGACAAGUUGGGCGAAAAGAUAGCAGCAUACAAUUUUUUAGCUUGCAAUUUCUAUUUCAGCACUCGGUUUGAUUUGUUUAUAGCAUAAUUUUCAUCGCACUUAUUGAAGCUUUUGUACACAAAUUUGUAGAAUUUAUUGCUUCACAACUUUCUGUAAGAACCUGUCAGCCUUGCGCUGUCGGAGCACAGUAUCGGAUCGUGGAAAUCCACAGCAUAUCUUCCAGUUCAAUGAAUGUACAGACCAGGUUUGCCUGGAAUCUUCCUGGUGGUGGUGUCCCAAAUUAUUCGAGAGGCCUAUUGUGCGUUGAAAAAAAUAGAUGUAGUUCUAGAUGCACAUUCGAGCUGCGGUAUGUGAAGGUUAUGAUCAUGAUGUUAAUUUUACCUCGGCAUUAAAGUUUGUUGUAUAGUUCUGACGUGGAGGUCUUCCGCCCCGCGUCAGUGUAUGAUUAACAUCGUUUCAAUAUCGUCAUUUUGGAUUUCGGUUUUUACGCAGAAGACGCUAGUUUUAUCCUAGCUGGGCCUCCACCCCCUGACUAUAGUACAACCCUAAGAGGUCGUCCUUUCACUUUCAUCUUGCGGACUGCAGUACACGCCGGCCCGAGCUCCUGCGCGACAAGUACUAGAAUCUUGGUGUCAACUACACUCAGAAGCAAACAGACAAGGUCGCCGGUGGAUCAUGCAGCAAGCCUCGAGGGUCGCCCGCGCCCGCGCGGCAACGUCGGUAACAAGCCGCACGACCAGCACCACCAGCGCAGUAAACAAGAUCGUACUGCUACCAAGAGGCUCCUGCAGCAGCUUUGGGACCACCACCUCUCCUGCACAAGGGCUUGGGCAGCUUCCUGGGAAGAUUGCAAUUGAUGCACUACCUCCAGGACGAUUUGUUGUGGCGCAAAGUAGAAUACUACCUUGCUCACCCGCGACGCCCUCCGUGUCCAGCACAUCAUCUUCAAGUCGUGGCGCUGCAACGUGGUCUACUACGCGUCAAGGGAAGAUAAAAACGGCCGCGAGGCCGCUCGAGCUCGACUCGUUGAGUAGAAGUGCUAGAACAAUGGCCACAUCAUCAACGCAACUCGUCCAGAGCUUGAGCUCCUCGUCCACUUCGUGCAGGAACAGUUCUUCGAGGAGUGGUUCCUCUAGCAGCCUCAGUAGUUGUUGUACCGUCAGCGCGAGAACGACGACGACUUCGAGAGGCUUCGCUUCAGCCUCUCCAACAAGUGGCGCAACCGCCGGGCUCGGGCUAUUCGAGUGCACAACUACUUCACCCCCUCCCCCUCAUUUGUUGUAGUUGGCAUCCACAGCUGCAAGAAUGAAUGCAAGCUCUGGCAACGUUGCAGCUUUAGUACAAGACAACGACUUGAAGUUGUUCGAUUCUAGUGAACUGUUUCGGCUACAACUUCCGGAACGUGUCAUGCAAGCAUUGCCAAGAAGAUGGUGACGACGUGCGGUUCAAAAACAGGUCGUGGACGAUUUGGCACCUUGCAUGACAAACGAGGGGGAGGGUCGGGGGGAGCUGUGCACUUUCAUAUGCGCCACAAGCGACCUAUGACGAACUGCUGGCGAAGGGAAAGAUCAACGAAGACCCGAACCAAAAGGUAUUUUUGGUACAUUCCAUGUAUGCAUUGCAAAUACCGUACUCCUAGUAGUACUUGCAAUACAAAUUAUUUUUGAUGCUUUGUUUCUGUAAAGAAAAAGAUAGACUGACACAGAGGAAUUUAGAACACAUGAAAAUCAGGUAAUCGUGGCGCGACUCGAGGAGCUCGCGGAAAAGAUAAAAGGGUACACGCCAGCGCCCGCUGCCAGCCCUGCGGCGUCGUCACCUCCAGCCAGUGGCAGUGGCGGAGGAGGAUUUUUUGCAAGUUUAUUCGGCGGAGGAGGAGCGGGUACUUGCUUCCGCGGUGACGUUGAGGGAAACUUUAGUGCACUGCUUUUUCACCCAUUUGCAUCCCAAAACAGCGAAAGCGAAAUUAAUACAGGCGUACUUCUUCAUGUUCAUCUUCAUCUUGUCUGAUUCCAAUACUGGAAUGGUGAACGUGAAUCUCAAUCUUUACAACUACAUUCAAAAUAUAUUGAAAAACAGCCAAACCCGAGCCCGCCUCCCCCGCCGGCGCGCCCGAGAAGUUUACCGCCCCGACGGGCCUCUACAUUUGGGGCGGUUGUUAUCCGGGAAAAAAACUUUGUUAGUGUUUGGUCUCUUCAGAGAUGUUGAACAGUGCAAAAUUGUCCGGCUUGGCAGCAGAAAGUUCAUCUGGCUGCGCAGAAAGAUAUUCGUGCCUGAAAUAAAUGCGCUUGAUGAGAAGUGGUGCUCCUGAGUCGUAACACGAUGCAUGGUCAGCAUGAUGGGCCGCGGGAUGAGCUGAUAGAGCGCACUAGCUGUCAGUCUUGCAUGUUGUCUACUACAACUUACUAGCCGCGUCACAGAGACUUCUGACCCUACCUUAGUUUAUGUUUUCUCGUAGGAUAGUCGCGGGUCCGGCAAGUCCUUCCUGAUGGAUUUGUUUUACGACACGCAAACCCACAUUGAGAAGAAGCGGCGCGUGCACUUCCACGAGUGGCUCAUCGAGGUGCACGACCGCCUCCACAAGAAGACCAUCAGCUCUGCCGGGGUGCAUGCCAAGGCGGAUAGUGAAUGGUCGGCCACCGCAGCGAAGGCCCAACGGGAGUCACUGCAAGCCGCCAGCGGGGAUAAUGCUGAGAACAAGGCGGACAUUAUGAACGCCAUUGCGGACGACAUGAUCGAGGAGGCGUGGCUGUAUUGUUUCGACGAGUUUCAAGUCACCCACAUUUCGGACGCCAUGAUUAUGAAGCAGCUCUUUUCGAUCCUCUUCCAAAAGGGCGCGGUCGUAGUCUCCACCAGUAACCGGCCGCCGGAGGAUUUGUACAUUGUUAUGUGCGUAGUUCUUAAAAGAUUAUUUACCGGUCGGUACUUUGCAGUUGAUGUAAGUCGUGGUCUUAAGUUUUCCCGUAGAGAGACAGAGGCAAGCUGCUGGUGCAGCGUCGAACAUCUUUCUUUUGCACGGAACUAACCACAACUAUUUUCGUGUGCUUCAGUCGUUCCUCCACCAACCUGCUCACCACAAAUUUAUGAUUAUCGCCUUGAUCUUCUCCAUCUCAGGUAUCUGAACGGCCUAAACCGGCCGUUAUUCCUCCCUUUCAUCCCUUUGCUGAAAGAGCGCUGCGAGGUCCUGGACAUCGCUUCCCAGACCGACUACCGGCUAAUAACCGACUACGCGGAAGAUGCGUUCCAAGUUUUUUUCUCCCCGAUCGAUGAGAAACAGCGCGGAUUUUUCGACGGCAAGUUCCAUCGGGCGACGAGGGAUCAGGUUUUACAAGAUCAGGAGUUGGAAGUGCAGGGGCGGAAGAUGCACAUCCCAAAGAUGGGCGAGAAGGUGAAGUGCGCGCUUUUCGAUUUCAAGGACCUCUGCGACAAGCCGCUCGGCGCCGCGGACUACAUUUCCAUCGCGAAAACCUUCCACACGGUGUUCAUUGACAACAUCCCGGCGUUGUCAUUGCAGGAGCGCGACCAAUAUCCUGAGUAUAGAAACUACGUCCCAACAAUCCCGGUGUUGUCACUCAGAAUUGCAACUACAGGAAUUUCCAAUCGUGUAGUUUUGGCAUUUGUAAUGCUGCAAACAGCAUAUAACGAGGAGGUUUUGUCAUGCGGCUGCCCUUGCUAUUAACCGGCACUACAAAUAAACAGCGAGAAGCUCCUGCUUGUCAUUCGUGUGCGUGACUCCCAAAACUUCUCGAUUUGUGUUGCAGAGAUCCCAACUUGACUAAUCUGGUGGGGACGUUUUUCCUCAGGAUAGCCAAGUGAGGAGGUUCAUCACAUUGAUCGACAACUUGUACGAACAAAGGACAAAAUUUGUCCUCCUCUCGGAGAUAUCGAACGCAAAUCUUCUUGUGUCUGGGUCUCAGUGUGUAACGCCAGAUUUGUAUCUGAAAGAGAGGACCAGCGACAAAAUCUGUGAUGCACGGAGAGGUGCAGGUGGAGUGGCGAGCUUUUUUGUCGUGCUGCAUGGAGCUUUGUCAUGCUAAAUACGCAUGAAUUCCAAUGCACGACGAGAGCUUGAGGAAAACUUGUCAUGCUGGUAUGUUGCCAUACCAGACCAGAGGCCACCCUGCCAAAUAUAUGCAGGUUCAGGUAAAGUCAGCAACACGAACACACGUCUCAGCUCUCUAGACGCAGACCCAGAUUGAGAAAUUUGGAAUCCAUAGGAGAAGAAAGCGCACGAGAUUUUCACCGUGGAUCCGUCGAUCGAUAAAAAGACGGCGAUUCAGGACGAAAUCUUCGCGUGGGACCGGACGGUUUCCAGGCUCACGGAAAUGUCGUCCCAGGAGUACUUGCGCGAAAGGUCCAGGGAACUCCCGCUCGAGCAGUUUUGGGUAUGAUAGUUAUCUGUUUGACAGAGACGGUAACAGAAGUUGCGAAUGCGAUAGCACGAUUUUUAACACAAGCUGCAAUAUUAAUGAUAAUUUUUUUCCGUGGUCGUCCCUCGGCUUCCUUGCCGCUUUUGCGCGGAGAAGUGAUGAGGUGAUCAUUUAAAUGAGUAGGAUAUAAAAGCACUUCUCCCUCCCACCUCCUCUGCCUCUUCGAAUAGAAGAGCCAGAGUAUGUAUCUCGUCGAAUGCAAACCAAGUACUUUGAAUUAUUAAUCAUCUUCAAGAAUUCACAAUACACCGAUAACAGCACCAGUACGACCUGAAGAAGUACACAGACGAGGAAAUCGACGAGAUAUGGCAGCGGUUUGACGACUAUCCACUGCAAGUAUCUGGGUCUGGAAGAACGCAAGGUUUGUCAUGCAUAUUUUGCAUGACCCAUGAUGCCGGUAAUGCAUGAGCUAGCAUCACAGAUAUUGACAGGGCUUCCUAAUGGCUAUCUCGCAUGACAAAUGCCCUCCCCGCGUAGCACAAACUGGACUCCUCUUGCUGGUCAUGCAGCACAGAUUUUUCUACAAUCCAGAGACAGCAUCACAAGUUCCAAUCUUCCAGACCUAGACAUAUUUGCCAUCCAUAACGACGACUUGUCUGGCGAACUGGACCGCGACGAGAUGGUAAUCGUGCUCCGCGAGAUCCGUGCCUUCCUCGGACACAAGGAAUACAUGAACACAGGUAUUAGUACUACGCCACCAAACUUCUUUCUACAGCCUGAAUUUGGAAAAAAAAAGGCUGAGACGCUUGGUAAAAAUUCAACAGCACUUCUAUGUUCGCUUCCGUCUGUUCUCGCUGCAACAACUGAUGCAGCAGUAGUUCGUGAGGCGAUGUUGCUUUUAGUCUUAUUGUUACUCCGAAAAGCCGCAUCGUGCAUCAGGGGUAGGACGCGCUUCUCGUCACGCAUGAAACCUGCGUUGGGGCUUUGUCCUGUUGCUCAUGCGCGUUCAUUUCUUAGUACUUAUCCAACUGCAAUUAAAUUUUUUUUUUUUUCCAUUCAUACAACACAUCAAACAAACAGACGAAUGGGAGAUGGUUUGGAAGGCGUUUGACACCGACGACUCCGGUUACGUUGACAAGGAUGAGUUCCGCGCGUACGUGAAAAAAUACACCCUGGAAAAGAUGCCGCCGUUUCAAGUUUCCCCCACUGGCGCCGCGCCGGAGCUGAAGGUGUACCAACCAGGCGCAAAACACGUCAGAAAACGCAGUCAACGAGAGCAGCAGGAGCAGCAGCAGCAAGCGGGAAAAUAAGGUGAAGAGGAUCUACACGGCAGACAGUACGAAGUAGAUGACAUACUAAAAGAACAAGAUCCACUUCCACCUUCAUGAUUGGCAUGCUUGGUGCGCUCAUCUUUUACUGAUGAUGAUGAUGUUGUAAGAAAAUAAAUCCACAGUACAAGCAGAACUCGUACUUGAUAAACCGCUUGUUGUCCUCGGCUUCGUGACGUUCAUCAAAAAAAGUACUGCGCAUGCGAAACAUAAACGCGCUCCCGCUUAUUUCCUCAUAACCAUAAGCCAAUCGAAUCGUGACCGCGACUGACGACAAACAUAAUCUCACUGUGGGGAAGAUGAUUACGAAAUUCAAAUCAAUACUACUACUAACCAAUGAAAGAGAAUGUCAAUGUCGACCUCUUCCACGACGACGCGCAUAAUUUGAAGAAGAGAAAACUAUAGCUCAAGAAAACGCGCUUGAGCGGCGACAGAUUACAG